UGUAAAAAAAAUCAUUAAUAACGCCCAAAUUCCAGUAGAUCCAAUACUAAAGUGCCAGUUAUCAAACAAUAAUACAAACAACUUCACUUCAAGUAGAAUCUCCUAUUCAUAAGUAUAAUAGGCACAACUAACCUAACUUUGAUAAGUGUCCAAAUGUCAAGUGCCCGUCAAGUGUGGUAAGCACACGAAUUUAAAAAUUACACAGUAUUUCAUCAUUUUUCCCAUUAUUUUCACCAACUCGUCACCCAAAUCUCAUGUGUAGUCGCAUUUCGUUUCUCCAAAUCCGUUGUUAUGCCCAACAUCUAAAUUCUAACCUAAUCAAGCUGCUAAAAACCAUGCCUAAGGAAAAGAAACACAUACCCGAGGCUCAAAAGCAACGCCGAAAAAUCAAGGAAAAAUUCAGCAGAUACAGCCCCGGGAAAGUGACUCUUCAGGUGCUCGGAACGGGGGCUGAGGGGGCCCCACGGUCCCUCUACGUGUUUUCGGACCAGUCACGGUACUUGUUUAAUUGUUCUGAAGGCACCCAGCGUUUGGCACACGAACACAAGAUGAAGUUGGCCAAACUGGAACAUAUUUUUAUAACGCAACCCACGUGGGCUAACAUUGGGGGGCUGCCAGGUGCAGCGCUCACAAUUCAAGAUGUAGGAGUGCCAGAAAUCACUCUCCACGGACCCCAAGGCCUGCAAGAGAUUUUUAUAGCCACCAGACGCUUCGUUGUUAUUAAAGAUUUGGAAAUUCGUGUGGCAACAUGUGACGAAAAUGUGUCUUUUGAAGACAAUGUACUGAAAGUGAAGUAUGUGCCUAUUACGCGUAAUUUUGAUAAUUAUAGUAAUGGAACGGAGCGCGAGAGCCCCAAUUCGUCGCAAAUUCAAGAAGAUGACGUGGAUUAUUAUGCCCAUGAAUACAGUGGGCGACGUAAGAGCCCCCCAACAAUUUCAGAAACUUCCAAAAUUUUGCUACAAGAAACUAAAGCAAAAGGUGUUAGUAUGGCCUACAUUUGUCAGUUGCAACCACGGCCUGGGGCUCUUUGUCUAGAUAAGUGUGUAAGGUUUGGGGUUCCUCCAGGUCCACUUCUAGGGAAAUUGAAGUCAGGAGAGGACAUCACUUUAAAUAACGGCAAUGUGGUUAAGGCGUCAGAUGUUUGUGACCCAGAUGAUCCAGGUCCUGUGUUCAUAGUGCUUGAGUGUCCAUCUGAAGCCUACCUUGAUUCACUAGUAGACAAUGAAAUUUUUAAAAAACAUCAAGCCACUGCAGUCAGGAAUGAAGAUUUUGCUCACACAGUUGUCCAUUUCACUCCACAAAAAAUCAUGAAUCAUCCAAAGUACAAAGAAUGGAUGGAUAAAUUCACCCCCAGUACUCACCAUCUUGUCUUGAAUGAAAGUAAUACGUGUAUGGGUAGUUCCGCUGUCCAUAGAAUACAAUACAAGUUGAAUCUCUUAUCAAAUGAUUUUUUUCCACUUCUGGGUGAUCAAGGUACUGAGAUUAUUGACGAACAAUGUACUGACCCUCCACAGCCUAAAAAAAUGAAACCUGACAGCCCUUCACUUCCACUGGAAAAACUAUCAGUGGAAUCGCGACCUAUUUCACCUUCAGACUACAGCAUUUACACAAAUACCCUUUUCAACUACCAUUUGAGACCAAAGAAAGCCUGUGAUAGGUCUGUGGAAUUGAAAUUGGUGCCUUCACAGUACAUUGAAGAAACCAUGACUAUUGAAAGUUUUCCUCAAGCCUUACAUGAGGUCACACAACAAAUAGCCCAGAAACAGAAGCAUCUCACAAUUAGGGAUUUUCCCAAACUGUUGUUUCUAGGUACAGGGUCAUCUAUACCUAAUAAAACGCGAAACACAAGCGGAAUGCUCUUAGAAUUAGACGAAAAUAGCGUGAUUAUUUUGGAUUGUGGUGAAGGAACAUUUGGACAAAUAAUUAGGUUUUAUGGUCAUGACAAAGCCUAUGAAAUUUUGGCGAAAACCAAGGCUAUAUACGUUUCUCAUCUUCACGCUGAUCAUCAUUUAGGGUUAAUAGGGCUUCUACAGGGGCGGCGAACAGCAUUGCAAAUUUUAAGGUUGUCCCCACAGCCUGUUUUUCUUUUAGCCCCUAAACAGAUAAUGUGGUGGCUUAGCUUCUAUGAUAAGUGCUUUGAAAAUAUAGAAGAGGAAUUUAUUCUGGUGUCUAAUGCAGAUCUGUUUAAAGAUCAGUAUGAAUUGUACAAAGAAAGAAAUAAUAUAGUGGUUGAGAAACUGGGAUUGCAAGCAAUCAGUACUUGCCAUGUGAGGCAUUGCCCCAACGCUUUUGGUGUUAGCUUGACUCUAAAAGACGGCUACAAAAUCACCUACUCUGGAGAUACCAUGCCUUCAGAUAAUCUCGUAGAAUUAGGACAAAACAGUGAUUUGCUUAUUCAUGAAGCAACAAUGGAAGAUGAACUUGCAGCAGAAGCUGUAAUAAAAAUGCAUUCCACAACCUCGCAAGCGAUCGACAUUGGAAAAAGAAUGAACGCGAAGUAUACACUUUUGACACAUUUCAGUCAAAGAUAUGCGAAAUUGCCCAGGUUUAAUGACAAUUUUUCUGACAACGUGGGGAUUGCGUUUGAUAACAUGAGGGUGAGGUUAGAUGAGUUGCCGUUAAUUCCACUGCUAUACCCGGCUUUGAAACUGAUGUUUGUUGAAUAUUAUGAAGAAAUGGAGCAUAAGGCUGCUAAAAGACAGAUGAAAAUUGAACGCGAGAAGGAAGCGCUCCAGAGUACUUAGUCUUGUUAGGUUUUUAAUAUACGUGGAAUGCAAAGAA